UGGCCGCUUGAGGAUCGAAUCAAGUGGAAGAAUGCUCUUAUGGAGUCGAGGAAUUGCAAGUUAAAUGGCGAAAAUAACCUUACCAUUAAGGGUUUUCGGGUAGUCAGGUCUUGGAAGCCAAUGCUUCCGAGGCCUGUAUGGGUAGAACGAUUGAUCGCCAAAACACCUUAAGUGUGUGCUACACGAACGCUCGUAGUCUUAGAAAUAAAACGUCCGAGCUAAGUCUGAUGGUGGAAGAAUUAUGUCCCGAUAUAAUCGUUGUUACAGAAACUUGGUUCACAGUAGAUAUAGACUGUUCUCUGUUCAUUGCAGGCUAUAUCUGUAUUAGAAGUGAUAGAGUUUCAAGUCGCAAAGGGGGAGGUAUAAUAUUAUACGUUAGGGAUCACUUUCGUAUACAAUCAACCAUAUCGGAGGCUCAUAUCAGUGGCACAUGUGAGGUUGCAUGUUGUAAGAUUAAAUCUAGAAGUGGGUUAGUGACUAUAGGGAGGAUACACCGUAGUCCGUUUUGUCUUGCCGACGACUUUAUCCUAAGACACAUCUGUUCUUGGAGUAUGGCAGAAUGUUGUCUCAUCAUUGGGGACUUCAACGCACCGCAUAUCAGCUGGAUAGAGCUUACAGCUCCAGGUAGUGGUUUCGAUAGCGACCUUUUAUCUACCGUUAUUCAGUGUGCACUUGUACAAUGUAUCACGAAACCGACACAUAUUGAUUUCAAUCAUGAUCCGUCACUGCUGGACCUCGCCGUCACCCACCACUGUGAGGAUGUCUUUGAUUUUCAGCACCUUCCCUCACUAGUGAACAAUGAUCACGUUGUAAUUCACUUUAAGUUUAGGACACAUGGUAUACAAUUCGUAUCUGCUCCACCCCGUCCCAAUAUCUGGCGAGCCAAUAUUCUGGCGAUCAGAAACUGUGCUAUCUCGACUGAUUGGUCGGUCGACGCGAAUCGAUUGAUCGAAGAUGAAUGGAAUAAGUUUAAGGCUACGUUCGAGUCCGUAACGUCGCCGUAUAUCCCAUGAUCAGCACGUAAGCUAUCAAAUUGCCCUCCAUGGAUUAAUAAGGAAACCCGGAAGCUGUUAAAGCGUAGGAAACAUUUCUGGGACUUAUUCUUGUUGACAGGUCAUGAACCAUUUAAGCGUGAGUACCGAAAAUUCCGUAAUAUCUGUAAGAAAACCAUAGCCAAAUCUCGUACCACUGACGAACAACAGUUAGUAUAUGACAGUCGUACUUGUCCGAAACGAUUGUUUUCGUAUGUUAAACGGCGGACGAAACGUAGUGAUGGUAUUCCCCGUUACUGUUACACGAAAAUCCAGAAUCACUAGCUGAAUCAGAUCGAGCAAAAGCUGGUACUUUUUCAAACUAUUUUAGCAAAGUCUUCUCCACGUUUAUUUUAACAAAUACUUGUCCCACUCACACCGAGAUACCAACCAUGGAAUCUGUACAGGUGACUGAGGAAACUGUCCUUCCGUUGAUAACUAAACUCAAACCUGGUAAGACACCGGGCCCUACGGGUACAUCCACGGUUGCUGUCAUUUCUCGAGGACAUUAUUUCCAAACCGCUCGCGAAACUCUUCAACAUGUCCCUUUCACUCGCUCAACUCCCUAGAGAUUGGAAGGACGCUAUAGUCAGUCCUAUAUUCAAGGACGGUCAGAGACAUAUAGUAUCUAACUACCGGCCUGUUAGUCUAACUAGUAUAGUCGUUAAGUUACUUGAAAAGAUAAUUCGGGUUAGGUUGCUAAGCCACAUAGAUUUACACAAUCUGUUGGCUCCUGAGCAACACGGAUUUCGUAACAAGCGUUCAUGCUUGACUAACUUGCUUAUUGCGAGGGAGGAUUGGACAGCAGCCCUAGAUAACGGUCUGUCUGUUGACGUGAUAUUCAUAGAUUUUAGCAAAGCGUUUGACAAGGUUUCACACGUAGGUCUUAUGCAGAAGCUCACGAGCUUCGGAAUAAUAGGUACUGUACAUGCGUGGAUAGGAAAUUUCUUAUGUGACCGCAGACAGAGAGUGAAGGUUAACGGAACAGUAUCCGAUUGGAAGCCGGUCAAAAGUG